AGGCUUCCUGUUCUAACCGGAAGUGCAGUGGCGUCUCGCUCCGGUCCUGCAGGGGGCAGCAGUGAGUCUAACAGCCGAAGAAGAGAGACCGGCAGCCCGCUGCUCGAUUCCCGGAGACCGAGCCGGAGAACCGGAGAACCGCAGAGCCCUGCCUGGACUUCCUGUCUAACUUCCUGUGCGACCUCCUGUACUGUCUCUUACUUCCUGUGUGGCGGACCCGACCAUGGAUCUGAGUAAGGUUCCAGCUGAGAACAUCGCCCGUCCUCUGGGCAGGAACGAGGUCAUCGGCCUGCUCUUCCGUCUCACCAUCUUCGGUGCCGUCACAUACUUCACCAUCAAGUGGAUGGUGGACGCCAUCGACCCAACCAGGAAGCAGAAGGUGGAGGCUCAGAAACAGGCAGAGAAGCUGAUGCGUCAGAUCGGAGUGAAGAACGUGAAACUGUCAGAGUACGAGAUGAGCAUCGCCGCUCACCUGGUCGACCCGCUCAGCAUGCACAUCACGUGGCGUGACAUCGCUGGUCUGGACGAAGUGAUCACAGAGCUGAAGGAGACAGUCAUCUUACCUGUUCAGAAGAGACACCUGUUCCAAGGAUCUAGACUGCUGCAGCCGCCUAAAGGUGUGUUGCUGUACGGGCCGCCGGGCUGCGGGAAAACACUGAUCGCCAAGGCGACGGCGAAGGAAGCAGGGUUUCGUUUUAUCAACCUGCAGCCGAGCACGCUGACGGACAAAUGGUACGGAGAGUCCCAGAAGCUCGCCGCUGCCGUCUUCUCAUUGGCUGUCAAACUGCAGCCGUCAAUCAUCUUCGUCGACGAGAUUGAUUCGUUUCUGAGGAGUCGAUCGAGCUCCGACCACGAAGCCACUGCCAUGAUGAAGGCGCAGUUCAUGAGUCUGUGGGACGGGCUGGACACAGACACACACUGCCAGGUCAUCAUCAUGGGGGCCACUAAUCGUCCUCAGGAUCUGGACUCGGCCAUCUUGAGGAGGAUGCCGACCCGUUUCCACAUCAACCAGCCUAGUAUGAGGCAGCGAGAGCAAAUCCUGAAACUAAUCCUGGAGAACGAGAGCGUGGACCGCUCAGUCGACCUUGUUGAUGUUGCCAAGGAAACGGAGGGUUUUUCAGGAAGUGACCUCAGAGAGAUGUGUCGUGACGCCGCCUUGCUGUGUGUGCGAGACUUCGUCCACAUGCAGAGCGACAGUCCCUCAGAGGACUUCAUCCGUCCGAUCCAUCAGUCUGACCUCCAGAGGUCAAUCGGUAAGAUGAAGAGGUCGAAGUCAGCGGGCGGACACGGCCCCCUGCUGCACGCUGCUCUGGACUGAACAUGCCGAACACAUGACACCCUGCUACUUGCCGAUCACAUGAUCACUUCAGAAUUUUUAUUUGAAGCAGCUGAUUGUUGUAGUUUUUUUGUUCUGUCGAUAAAGUUUCUUCAACACCAA